AUGAGUUCUACAACUGAAAUUGUUGCCAAACUGGAAGAAUUGUCUCGUAAAUUAGAAAAAAUCAAUACACUGGAAGCUUCACUUGAACAUCUCAGUGCUAAGUAUGAUGAAGUUGUAAUGACUGCCGAUUCUCUUAAAAAAGAGGUUCACUAUCUAAAAGUAGAGAACAGCAGCCUCAAAGCGCAAGUAUUUGCCUGUCAAGAAAAGGCAACACAAAAUGAAAUUGACAUCAAUGAGUUGGAACAGUAUUCUAGGCGGGAUUGUCUAGAAAUACGAGGUAUACCACAGAGUCGCGAUGAAGAUACAGAUGAGAUCGCGAAGAAAGUCGGAGAGCUCAUUGACGUGGACUUGGAAUACGAUGACAUCUCAACAAGUCAUAGGCUCUCAGAAGGACCUCAGACAAGAAGCGAUGGAGUUCAAGUAAAGAGAAUACCAGCAAUAAUUGUUAAAUUCACGAAGAGAUCGGCUCGUGAUGAAUUCUACCAAGCGCGAAAGAGACUUAAG